AAUUAAGAUUUAAUGAACAAUCCUCGUCCAUCUUAACUUCCAGCUCAGAAGGCAACACCAUCAUAAUUGCCUCCUACUGCCUAAUAAUAGGUUCCAGAAGCAUACUUGCCAUAACAAAACUGGGUUCCUGCAAGCUCUUAAAUUCAGCCAGGAGUUUUGGGCUAACCAAUUCCACUUUAACAGACAGGAUUAAUUACAAAUCCCCAAUAUUUGUAAUAGCCAGUGUAUCCUCAAUAAGGAUUGGUGUAAUCAAGUGCCCCAGUUGUCACUUAAGGAAAUGUAAUAUUGAAUUAUAAUGAAUUAGACAAUCAAAGGGGAAUCUAGGAUUGAAUAUAUUCCCUACACAAAGGAAGUGACAGAGUAUGUGAUGCAAGAGGUGGUCGAGUAUGUGCCAAGAGAGAGGAAAAUUACUGACUAUUAUGCAGUGGAAUAUGUGACUGAACACAUCCCUUAAGUGAUCUAAGAGAAAUACAUUGGUAUUUGAUUAUUGUUAUGAAUUACGCAGAAUACGUACCAGUAGAGACAAUAAAGGAGAGAACAGAGUACCAAGCAGUGACAAAACAAAGUGUAAUAUAAGCCCCAGUUGAUUAUUAAUAAAUCCAGACAACCCAAUAGUAUUAAGGUAAAUAAAUUUUAUUUAAAUUAAUUUUAGUAGCUGCCCCAAUCCAAUAUGCCUAGUAGACCUACACACAACCAAUUCAAUAUGCUUAGACCACUGUGUAGCCAGUUCAAUAUGCUCAAGCCACCACCCAAUUCGUCCCAACCACUUAGAGUCAAUACGUGACAGCUCCUGUAACAACCUCUUAAUUUGUCCCACAACCCUAUGCCACAACCACCUAUGGAGCUCCGAUCACAACCUAUGGUUAGGUGACCUAGAGUUCAGGCUAUUUGCCAGCAACUGGAUAUGUCUAACCAGGAGUUGGAUAGGUUACUACGACAACAUAGUAGUACUCAACUGGAUGGUAAUAAGUCUACCCAGCAUCAACAGGAAAUGUUUAGCCCUAAUUGCAAUAGUAAUAAGUAGGAUAAUUGCAAAAGCCAGGACAGAGCCCAAAGUACGCAUGAUGAUAUUAUAAUAAGGAAUUAUUCAAAUGUU